AUGAUACUAGAAUUGGAGCAAACGGAUCAAGAAUCUCUUGAGUGCCAAAAGGAGGGGAGCACUUUGAAGAGCUAUGACUGUGACGAAGACAAUAAAGAAGAAGAAAAGACCAAAGAAGAUGUGGCUAGUUUUGUCACCGUCGACAUAAACCGAGAUCGUGAGGACAAUAAUGAGAUUAAAACCGAGGAAGUCAAUGUUGAUCAAGGACAAAUUGGGAAUAAUGUUGAUCAAGGACAAAUUGGGAAUAUGGAUGAUACAAAACAUGAUCAAAAGAAGUUUGUUGUUAGUCUGAAUCCAAAUUCGAAUGGUAAAUUUGUUUGCAGGAUCUGUCUUAUUGAUUCCAAAAGGGCGCAGUUAAGAGAUUUUGUAAUGCUUGGUUGCGGAUGCAAAAAGGAUCUUGGCUAUUCUCAUAGAAAAUGUGCCAAGACUUUGUUUAAUCAGAAAGACAACAGGAUUUGUAAGAUAUGUGGGAUGACGGCGAAAAACAUAAGAAUUAAUCCUCCGGAAAAGGCUGAAUAUAUGAAACUGGUUAAUUGGAGUCAUUUGAGUUUAGAAAAUAGACUUGAAUUUGCUCAUAAGCAAUAUGCCCCUAACCCGUGGACAGAGAAUUGCACUUUUUGUAAGCGCCAUGCAUGUAUCUUCAGGAUCCUAAUAAGUUUAUUUGGUAUAUUACUUCUUCAUCUUUUUCUGAAAAGAUAA